AUGUCAGGUGGGGUUGGUCCACCCAGAGAUACAGGUGUAGCCAAAGAAGAAGAGCAUGAACCGGCCGUAAUCACAGCGGUAAAAGCACCAACUGGCGGCCGUUUCUUCACUUUCCGGCAGCUAAAUGCCCUCGCCGUAAUCAUCGUCGUCUCCGCGAGCGGCUUGGUAAGCAUUGAAGACUUGGCUUUCGUCAUCUUCUCCAUAAUUUACAUGUACUUCAUAUCAAAAUUUGCAUUUCCGCCGCCACCUCCUUCCAGUAAGGAGCCUCCUGUUUUCUCCGAAAAGAACAAGUUCCUAAGCCUUUACGUGUUCGUCGGAGUUCUAAUCGGAUUAUUUUUUCCGAUAGCAUAUAUUUUUGAAGGCAUCUUUGAGGGUGACAAGGUGGGUGUUGAGGCUGCUGCUCCACAUGUUUUCCUAUUAGCCAGUCAAGUUUUCAUGGAGGGGCUGGCCUCUGCCGGUGGUUUUUCAUUGCCUAUUCGGGUUUUGGUGCCGAUUUUCUACAAUUCUAGGAGGAUUUUCAACGUCGUGGAGUGGGUAGGAGUUGAAAUCUCCAAGGUGGAGGCCGGCGGCAGUUCAAGGAGGAGGGUGCAAAUUGGAAGGGGACUUGCGGUGGCUAACUUGGUUUAUUGGUGUUUCAAUCUGUUUGGAUUUUUGCUGCCUGUUUUUCUCCCAAAGGCCUUGAAAAUAUAUUACACUUACCGCAAGAUUAAGGACUAG